UCCAUGAUGGCGGCGACCAUGGUAUUGAGCUUGGAUAAUUUACCUUCGGAUCCUUUACUGUUAAUUUUAUCUUUUCUUGAUGUCAGGGACUUGAUGAGCUGCAGCCUGGUGAAUCGUCGACUCAAUGAGCUUUCGGGGCACAACCCAUUAUGGAAGAGGCACUGUUUCAAUUACUGGCUUGUAACCGAGUCAGAGAAAACACAGAAGGGGCAGACAUGGAGGGAUCUGUUCCGAUUGUACUAUGUGGACUUGGGCCGCUACAUAGACCACUACAGCACUCUGAAAAAGGCCUGGGAUGACCUGAAAGCUUACCUGGCACAGAGAUGCCCACGUAUGAUUGAAUCCCUCAAAGAGGGGGCCAAAGAGGAGGAGCUAGAUGCCAUCGAAGCCCAGAUAGGCUGCAAACUUCCCACUGACUACAGAUGCUCCUACAGAAUACACAACGGCCAGAAGCUAGUCGUGCCUGGCCUCAUGGGCAGCAUGGCGUUGUCCAACCACUACCGCUCGGAGGACCUGCUGGACAUCGAGACGGCGGCGGGGGGCUUCCAGCAGCGUAAGGGCAUGAGGCAGUGCCUGCCCCUCACCUUCUGCUUCCACACGGGCCUCAGCCAGUACCUGGCCCUGGAUAGCACAGAGGGACGCACACGCAGCGAGAUCUUCUACCACUGUCCCGAUCAAAUGGCCCAAGAUCCAUCAGCAAUUGACAUGUUCAUCACAGGGUCGAGCUUUACAGAGUGGUUUACCUCAUACGUCCAUAACGUGGUGACGGGGGAGUACCCCAUCAUCCGGGACCAGAUCUUCAGGUAUGUCCAUGACAAGCAGUGUGUGGCCACCACAGGUGACAUCACGGUGUCCGUCUCUACCUCCUUCCUGCCUGAGCUCAGCUCUGUACACCCCCCGCACUUCUUCUUCACCUACCGAAUCAGGAUUGAGAUGUCCAAGAGUGCGCUGCCGGAGAGUGCGUGCCAGCUAGACAGUCGCUAUUGGAAGAUCACCAACGCCAACGGCAACGUGGAGGAGGUUCGAGGACCCGGCGUGGUCGGAGAGUUUCCGGUGAUGACGCCCGGCAAGGUGCACGAGUACGCCAGCUGCACAACGUUCUCCACCACCUCGGAGUACAUGGAGGGCCACUACACCUUCCACCGGCUUCGGAAGAAGGAGGAGGAGUUUGACGUGCAGAUCCCGCGCUUCCACAUGGUCUGCCCCACCUUCCGCGAGUCCGUCGUCCGCUCUAACGCCGUCAACAACGUCUCUGCGCCACCUUUCCAAGAUGACGAUGACGACGACUCGGGCACGGACGACUAUGACACGAGGGGGGAUCUGAGAGGCAUGAACAUGGCCGCCCCGGCCGGGCGAUGCCCUCGCCAUAUCUGAUGCUGCUGAUGCUGCUGCUGCUGCUGUUGAUGCUGCUGAUGCCCCCAUAGCACAACAGCACAGGGAGAGAGAGGAACAACUUGGCGGUGUCAACUGACAUGCCAUUUGGCCUUGGCAUGUCAAAGCGCUUUACAACUCACGCUAGAGCUUUUUUGGGUUUUGUUGUCAUUUUUAUUUUGUUUUAAAACCAUAGCAGGUUUUGGGGGUGUCAUGUAUGAGGUUCUUGAACACCCACAGCCUCCCUUACCAACCAAACCUUCCCAGGUCCCCAACCCCCCUUGUGAAUCUUCCACACAGAGAGCGAAAAGCAACCAGUGCUUUUAAGGAAUGGUCAUGAACAAAUGUUGGCGCAACACUUUUUACUUUACGUCACCUGGCUGGGUUUGGACAGAAUUCUGGGAUGUCACAAAGCACGCAGGCACCCUGGUGAGUUACAGUUGUGCAUAUACAGUAGAUGCAAAGUCUCAUUGAAUACUUUCAGUUUGACUUCAAGGUCAAUCCAUUAUCGACUCUGGAUUCUUUGCAGUAGUUGAAGAGUCGAUGUGUUGGCCGAGUGACUCAAGGCUUUUGCUGCUCGUAGUAUGGAACAGGGAACUCGCACUCAGUGAUGUCACGGUCAUUAUAGCCACAUUCCACCACUUCUAGAAAUGCAUUCAUUUGUCCCCUCAAGUUGAAUGAUUGAGUUUUACCUUUGUCCUGUUCUUCCAGCCAUUUGUCUCUCUGGCCAUGCAACUUGUACCUACAGGCUAGCAUUGAACCAGCAGCUUAACUAUUAGUUACUUAGAUAAUUAGCUCAUUAGCUUCAGUGAGCUAUUAGCAGUUAGCUGGAUUCAUUCAGAUCAAUGAUAACAUGCUUGCUGGAAUAAUAUCACCAGAUCUGCAUCAGAAAUGGCUGGAAGUACAGGAGAAUGGUAAAAGUCAAUUAGAUAACUCAAGGGAAGUGGGAUAUGGUGGGGUGUCGCUUUAAGACUAGAUACUAUCUCUACAGUAGUCAGACUUGACAAGUAGUAGAAAAUUAAGUUAAUAAAUACAUAAUUAGUCUGACACUUAUUCUGUAUGACACUGCAAGUGGGUUUGGUAUAUGCACAAAAUGAAUCUGUGUAGAGAUAAGGUUCCUGUUCUCAAAUUUCCAUGGGUAGUUUUUUUCUUAGGUUCAAGUGAAUCCAACAGCAUCCCAUGGCAUAUAGUAUAAGGAUUUUUGUAAGAGUUUUGCAGUGAAACAGAAAAGUGAUGAGUGUAAAAAAGCACAGAAGACAAACAUCUUCCAGUUUCAGGCCACAAUGAGGUGUUUGUCUUGUUUUUAUUCCCACUCUUUCAUCAUUUAUCAACCCCACACAAGACAGUAGGAUUUGUGUGCUUGGUGUGAUUACCAGGCUUUGAGAUCCUGAUAAACAUAUGUUUUUUUUUGUUUUUAAGCUUUUUUUGUCAUCAGUAUCAACAGUAUUAAAUGCAACAAGAGUACAUUUAGGUGCAGCCCAUACCCCCAUCUCCUUCCUUGUAUUUGGAAGCUCAUCACUUACAGUUAGAUGCAGCAGAUUCCACCAGCUCUUUCCACAUAGGUUGAUGCCGAACAUCUUGGUGUAAGCUGGACAUUAAAAUGAUUGGUUGAGAAUAGUACACAACUGUCGGACAAUACUCAGUUAAGAGAUUUUAUUUUUCACGUUUUGCCAAGUGGAUAAGUGUUCUACCCUUUGAUGUACAGUAUAUAUAUGUAUAGAGAGAGGAGUUUUUCUUUUCUUUUCUUCUUUUGUCAUAUUUUGAGUUUUAAUUGUGGGUAAUUGCUAACUAAUAUUUUAAUUACUUUCUCCCUUGUUUGGAAAAAAAGCUGUGCAAUAGAGCCUUCAUUAAUCUCGUUUUUGUUUGAAGAAAAUCUCUUAUUUGCAUCAAGUGUAUCAAUGAUAUUUUGUUUUCUUUAUGAAGUUUGUCAUGUUUUUUAUGUUUCGGGUAAAAUAAACACUAUGCUUUA